AUGGCUGAAUGCCACCAGGAGACCGGCUACUUCCCCAUCGACAGUCUGCCUCUCGAAGUGAUAGAGCUGAUCCGGGCCCAAUGCGACCCCGCUACGCUGCUAUCAUGGAGUUCAACGUGCCACUUUUACAGAGGCCUUCUGAGGCUGCACGUCUUCGAACAGAUCACAAUCGGCCCCAAAAUCCCGCCAACACGCGUAGUCGAGGCUCUGUCUGGAAAUUUCCACGUUCUAUCACUGGAAUUUACCUGUGAGGCGGAUCGACACUCGCAUCAAGCAAAAGAGGACUCAAAAGCUGGAGGGAACGUUGGCGGCCAACGUUCGCCCAAAGAUCUGAUCAGCUCUGAGAUGCUAGGCCAGGUGUUGAGACAGUUUCCCGAGGACCUGGCAAACCUCACAUUACGGUUCCCAGAGAAAUGGAUCGCAAAGGACAACCUCUGCUGGCCACGGGAAUUUGCAUUCGAAGAGGAGCAGCCGUUAACAGACAUAGAACGAAACAACUUGCACAAUGACCUUCUUUGGACCACAUUGGAUUCCAUGGCCAAGAACAACAUUAGCAGCCAGCGAGUCUUCCGGCUGCAACUCCUCAACAUAAGCCCCCAUGUGUCUGGGGUAUAUCAUCAGCCGUGUUUCCGCAACUUUCUACGUAAAAUCACCUCUUUCGUUCUCGAAUUAUGUCGCUUUGAAAGGCACUGGCGUCAUCGACCCCUAGAGAGGACCUGGUACCGAUACCUUCUCAGCGGGUGGUUUUACGAUCAAUUGCAGAGGGUGGAGGACUUCUCGUUCUUCGCAACGCCAAUCUGGUCGGACACUCUGCUGUCUGAUUCAAGACACGUGUACUCGAAUUACGUCAUCCCGCUGCAUUUCACUGAUGACCGCGUCAUUUUGGCGUUGGACAUAUUGUCUGCUUCAAUGAACCUCACCAAUGCUGGCCUAUGGAGACAGCGCGCUCUCUUCUCGAGGAUGGUAGGGCGCAAGGCAACAGAGAAAGUUCUGGUGCCUCCGGAUUCACCACUAGCUGCUCCAGCAUUGAAAGACCAUUCGCUAUGCUUCUCAUAUGAAGUUGCGCGAGGGGAGAUGGGUGUGCUCUCAUUCGAGCCAUAUAAAGGUCUCAUCUUGCCAUACUGGGGCUUUCGGACAGUUCCAGUUGCCGAAAAAUCAGCUGAAAUAUUAUGGACAAUCUUCGAAUCUUAUGUCGAGCGUGGUGAUCUGGUCGGAGCAGACAUGACGCGAAAAUUCAUCCAGAUGGGCAUGACACGUGCGCGACGGUAUGCCAACCACAAAGGAGGUCGCAAGUAUGGCGAAGACGGCAAGCAACUUGAGAAGUGGACGGAAGAUGAUGUUGACGGGAAGAGGAAGGAGAAAGAAGAAGCCAGCGAAGUUUUCAAGGCGUAUUGGAGAAGGUGCAUUGCUUCAGAGGCGUAUGUCCAGUUGAAGAAGGACUGGUCAAAAGCCAAGAAGGAGUAUCUCGAAGCUAGAGGUUGAUGUGGCGAUGGAACUUCGUCUUGCUCGUCCUGUAUCUUAUCAUGGCGUCGUGGUGGUGGUCGAAUUCCGAAUUCGAAGUUGGCUUGGCGAUUCCAGCCGGCUGCAUAGGGCAUGGAGUUUGAAGAGGUCGUUCAGCAUGCUCGUUCGGACACUGUUUCUUUAAGAUGUCGACCCAUCUUGAGUCUGCUGUAGUGGGAUAUUCUGCGCUGGCUUUCCGUGAAUGGCUUCAGCAAAGGAUAUCCAUUCUUCAAUGCCCUUCACAAAGGGGUCAUCUGAGCUGGGGAGUUGAUCAUGACCCCAGACAAGCACUUCAUCAAAUGCUGAGACCUGCUCAAGUAUUCUGACUGGUUCCGGAGGCUCCUCCUCUUCUUCCUCAAUCUCA